AAGGGAGUCGCUUCGGGGCGGAGGCUGCGGACUCGCUCGGGCGUCGAGGUGCAGGGCGGACGCGGCGCGGAGGGCAGGACGGAGGGCAGCUGGCCUAAGGCUCCCCGGAGACGGAAAGAUCUUGUGAAAAGCGACUUUGAAGAACUGAUAUUUACAAGACUCCGGAUUGCACCGGGUGUGUAGAGAUGUCUGACUCGUAUUAUGAUUCUGUUGGAGAAGAGGUUCCUAGUGACAGCUUCUGGGAGGUUGGAAACUAUAAGCGGACAGUGAAACGCAUUGAUGAUGGUCAUAGACUUUGCAGUGACCUGAUGAACUGCAUUCAUGAGCGUGCAAGGAUAGAAAAGGGCUAUGCACAGCAGCUCACUGAAUGGGCAAAAAGGUGGAGACAACUUGUAGAAAAGGGGCCCCAGUAUGGUACCGUUGAAAAGGCUUGGCAUGCAUUUAUGUCUGAGGCCGAAAAGGUGAGCGAACUACACAUAGAAGUAAAAAGUGCCCUGAUGAAUGAAGACUUUGAAAAGAUAAAGAACUGGCAGAAGGAGGCAUUUCACAAGCAAAUAAUGGGUGGAUUUAAGGAAACCAAAGAAGCUGAAGAUGGAUUUAGGAAAGCUCAGAAACCAUGGGCCAAAAAGCUGAAAGAGGUCGAAGCUGCUAAGAAAGCAUACCAUGUAGCCUGCAAAGAAGAAAAGCUGGCCGUAUCCAGAGAGACUAAUAGCAAAGCUGACCCAGCCCUGAAUCCAGAACAACUGAAGAAACUGCAGGACAAAGUUGAUAAGAGUAAACAGGAUGUGCUUAAGACGAGAGAAAAGUAUGAAAAGGCUCUGAAAGACCUGGACAAUGCAACACCUCAAUAUAUGGAAAAUAUGGAGCAGGUUUUUGAGCAGUGUCAGCAGUUUGAGGAAAGACGUAUCCGUUUCUUCCGAGAAGUGUUGUUGGAAGUUCAGAAACAUCUUGACUUGUCUACUGUUCCAGGCUAUAAAAAUAUCUAUCGUGAAUUGGAGCAGAACAUCAAAGCAGCGGACACCGUUGAAGAUCUGAGGUGGUUUAGAGCUAAUCAUGGUCCAGGCAUGUCCAUGAACUGGCCCCAGUUUGAGGAUGAAGACUGGUCAGCUGAUCUGAAUCGCACUCUUAGUAGAAGAGAGAAGAAGAAAGCUGCAGAUGGGGUAACUCUGACGGGUAUUAGCCAGACAGAACCAGUUCCACAGCACAACAAAAACAGCAGCAGUGUUAGUGUUCCGGGUGACACAGUGCAGUCAGUUCAGUCAAGUUACAAUCCCUUUGAAGAUGAAGAGGAUACUGGAAGUACUGUCAGUGAAAAGGAGGACAAUAAAAUCAAAAAUGUUAGCAGCUCGGAGAAAAACCAAAGUUACUCUGCGGACUGGUCCGACGAGGAGACCAACAAUCCUUUUUCAUCUAAUGAUGCUCCUGCAGAAACAAAUCCAUUUGAUGAGGAUACAUCCCCUACGAUGGAAGUUAGAGUACGGGCAUUGUAUGACUAUGAAGGUCAAGAGCUCGAUGAACUCAGUUUCAAGACUGGGGAAGAGCUAACUAAAAUAGAAGAUGAAGAUGAACAGGGUUGGUGCAAAGGCCGCUUGGACAAUGGGCAAGUUGGACUCUAUCCCGCAAACUAUGUUGAGGCAAUCCAGUGACAAAGAGUUGUAUAGAAGUGCUGUAGUAAUUGUCAGUCGGUAUGCAGUUGGUGGCCCGCCAUGAAGAGAACUGAAAUGUGUUGAAAUUGUAUAUAUUUCCUUUAAUGCAAAUGAAUGAUGGAUUGAAAUAUGUGUUCCCAGGGGACAAGAUAACAAUUCAGACUGAAACUGGGAAAGGUUGGCAGCUUAUGCACAGCACAAAAUAACCAGGCCAGAGUGGAAAUUUAGUUGGCAAGAAAAUGAUAUUCUUAGAACUUAUUGCCAAUUUACUGUUUUAUCAUGCCUUAUGUAUAUUUUCAAAUUUGCUGCUGCCUCAACCCCAUUUUUCUGGGUGGUGGCUUGCAUUGAUUCUUGUUUAAAUCACUUCUUUUAAGUGACCUAUAAUAAUUUGCAAUAAAUUGCAACUUAUUUUUUUAAUUGCAAUUUUUUAUCUGUUCUUAGCAAUAUUUGAAAGAUGCAUUUUUUUAAUUUAAAGACUAUGUAGCCUGCCAUCUUUUCAUGCCUGAUUCAUCUACUACUACUUAAGUUAUGAAUUUGAUUAUUCCUCAGUUUACAUUGUACUGUUAACUUUUCCAUGCCUUAAUGGUGUAAAAUGCCAAAUUGGGUCUGUUACAUAACAUUGUAGCAUACUGUCUGCAAAUGUUAGUUUGGGUUUCUGGAAUGCCAUUGAUGCAUUUUGGCACCAGAAACAUGAAUUUUCCAAAUUACGACUUCCAAGAGGAUUUCUAAAAGUAUAAUAUUUAAAACUAUUUCCAUCAUAUUCUUGCUGAGAAAUUUACAUUUUGCAAGAUGUUAAUGAUUUUGUGCAAUUUGGAAACGUCUACGGAGAUUAUUUUUUCAAGCAAAAGACUGUAAAAUAGAUUAAUGCUUUUUUUAUUGAGAUGCUCUUUAAGUUGUGCAUAUGUGUAUAUAUAAUUUGAUAUUCAAAUGUUUAAAGAGCAUAUCCUAAUUAGCCAGCCUAUUGUCUAUGCAUUAGAUUUAAGGUGGAGUCCAGCACUAGUAAAUGUGAGUUUGCUAUCCAUGUCAGUGGGACGUUGCAGCUCUAGAGCAAGCCAUUUAAAUUAUAACAUAUUUAAAUUGUGCUUUGACAGUGCUUACUCAUUUAAACAUAAAGUAGAUCAGCUGCUCAAGCCAGUCCACUGUGGAUGUAGUAGCUGGGAGGGAUUGUCCUAAGGAUAUAGGAACCCAGUUUUGACCCUCUUCCAUAUGGAGUGAUUUCAGGAGGAAGAGACCUGCAUGCACACAUAAUACGUCCCUGUCCACCCCAAUCUCCCUUUCCUUGAUGGAGGUGGAGGAGUGAGGGCUGCCUGGGAGUUGCAAGGUACGCACAAGAUUCCCACUCCUUGUAAAGGCUGGGGCGGGGCGGGGGGAGAAGACCAGUCUUCUGCUAUGCAUUCCUGGGAUCCUCCUGUGGGCCCUGCAUCCACAGUACACUGGAGUGAGGCCUAAGUAUUAUGUGACUUUGAUUCUCAAAUAAGAUGAACAUAGUAGUUACAUCCUAAUAUUAAUAUUUGUAGGUAGAAUCGUGGCUCCAAAUAUAAACUCGCAGUAGCCCCACUGUGGAUUAUUGUAGCAGAACACUGUAAAAUCUACUUGUUUGAAGUUGCAAAUCAACUGUAAAAGUGUGAAAUUGUAUACAUUUGUAGGAGAUCAAAUAGCUGGAUUGUUGAACAUGUUGGAACAAGUUGCUUUAUAGAAAAUCUAAAUCUUAUCCGAUAAGUAGAAAUGCUAUUUUAGGGAACUACACUGUAAUUGAAAUAACUUUUUGGCAAUUAAAAUGCUGUAAGUGCUCCUGGUAUUACAUUUGCUUUUGGAGAUCAAUAUAUUUAUUAACAUAUGAAGUUCAAUUGUAUAAGGUUCAGUAUUGGAUCGCUGCCAUCAUAAUAUUCCAGCAUAAUUGUUCAUGAACAGUAGAUUUGCCACAAGUGGUGAAAAAUAAGUCUGGAGUAUUUUUCUGUAUAGCACACUAUUUUAAAAAUAAUAAAAUCUUAAAUAUGCUGAACACAAA